UGUUGAUUUUUAUGCGUGUAAUUGCAUUGGUAAUUUCUCUUGGCGUUCAUCAAAUUUCAAUGGCAGUGGAGGCAGUUAAGCUAUGGAUCGGAUGAGGCCGGUGUACGUCAGGCAGAAAAGCAAUAGUAGUGGCGGCACCCCGGGGGCACCAACUUCGCCAAUGAUGUCGCCAAUGAACCACCAUGGGAGGUCGGGGUCGGUUGGAAUGGUGGGUGCCAGGAAAGUGCAGCACACGAAAGCCGCAGCGCAAAGGCUUGCACAUGUGAUGGCUCACAAACCAGCUGACGACAAUGAUGAGGAGGACGACGAUCUUUCUUAUGAUCCUGGCUUGUCAAGCGGCACAGGCAGCCUUGGACUUGUCGGCGGAAGAUCAAUGCGCCCACGCUCUCCAAUGUCAGUUCGUGCCGCUCAAGAACAUUCUACAACUACACGGGGACGAUCAUCACCGUCUCUUAACUCCAUGGAACAACCAUUUUCUACCCAUUCGACACCAUCUAGUCGACCAUAUCAGUACGCAGAACAACCGUCAUCAGCUCAUUCAACACCAGCAAGCCGAACAUACCAAUCCAUCAACACAAAACCCAUUCACCCUGUUGUCGAACAACCACAUUCUCUUCGCUCUUCAAUCGCUACUAGACCAUCCCAGCCUUCAAAUUCCAACGAACAACCUACCUCUGCUCGUAAUAUAUCAGGCAUGAACUCUGCUCGAUCAUCUCAGCCAACAAAUGUUGUCGAACAACCUACCUCUGCUCGUUCUAUAUCAGGCCUGAACUCUGCCCGGUCAUCUCAGCCUACCAGUGCUGUCGAACAACCUACCUCUGCACGCUCUUUAGCUGCUGCCCGUCCACAGUUAGGAACCAAGCCAGUCCACAUCAUGCCAGCUAGUGUACCUAUAUCACUUAGGCCACCCUCUUCUGCUGAUCCUCCAGCUGAUAAUCGAAGAGAGCCAGCACCAGUACCACUACGGCCAACCUCUACUUCCGGUGGAUCAGACGCUUCAGCUGAUACUCGGAGAGAUAAAAGGAUGUCUUUGGAUUUAGGGACUUUUAACAUGAGAGAAAAUCGGGCGCAGCGUUCUUCUGCUUUAGAAGAUGAGCUUGAUAUGCUCCAGGAAGAAAAUGAAAAUUUACUCGAAAAGCUUCGACUUGCAGAAGAGAGGUGCGACGAAACAGAAGCAAGAGCUCGACAGCUCGAGCAACAGGUUGCUAAUCUUGGCGAAGGUGUGACGUUGGAAGCCCGUCUUCUAAGCAGAAAGGAGGCAGCACUGCAGCAAAGGGAGGUUGCUUUGAAAGAGGCUGCACAGACUCAUGGUGGUAGCGCUCAUGGUGGUAGAAAUGACGAAGCAGAGUACGAACUCAGAUCACUUCAGAUUAUGACUCAACGAAUGAUACUGAGUCGCGAAGAGAUGGAAGAGGUGGUCUUGAAGAGAUCUUGGCUAGCUCGAUACUGGAGUUUAUGCGUUGAGCAUGGUAUUCAUGCUGAGAUAGCGGCAUCAAGAUCCGAAUUCUGGUCAUCGCUUGCUCCUCUUCCUGUUCAAGCUAUAGUAGCAGCUGGACAAAAAGCGAAAGAGGGGAUAGACAACAACGAUCCAGAUGAAAGAGAAGAUAGUCCACGAGAUUUGAAUGAACUCUCGGGCGAGAGAAACAUUGAGAGCAUGCUCUUGGUGGAGAAGGGUCUGCGCGAACUUGCUUCGUUGAAGGUAGAGGAAGCAGUGGCACUUGCAAUGGCUAAACAUCGACGCCCUAGUUCGAAGCAAACUGGUCUUAUAGAUUUGAAGCUACCAAUUGAUGGACAGUUUGAAGCAUUUGAACUCAGCAAAGAGGAGUCUGAAGAUGUGCUUUUCAAGCAGGCUUGGCUUGCAUAUUUCUGGAGAAGAGCUAAAAACCAUGGCGUGGAACCAGAUAUAGCAGAUGAGCGUUUGCAAUUCUGGAUCAACCACAACUCCAACUCACCCGCCACCUCGCACGAUGCAGUUGAUGUUGAGCGCGGUCUUGUGGAGCUGAAGAAGCUGGGAAUCGAAACCCAGUUAUGGAGAGAAUCUCGGAAAUGGCUCGAGCAUGAUUCGAUGCAUAGAACGCAAAGUCUGUCCGACUUCUGAUAGAUUAAAACUUGUUGAGCAAGGUUAAGAUCAAUGCUAUCCAAUUAUGCUGAAUGUAGAGAGGUCUCUUCAUCUCAAGAAACACCAAAGUAUACUCGAUCAUCAGAUAUUCAAUCAA